CACAAUAAACUUUUGUCAGCUUCAAGAAUUGUAUAAUGCAAGAUAUCUGCAAUCACUUUAUGUAUUAAAGGUCCGUGGAGGGGAAUGCAGUAGAGGCAAAGCUCCAAUCUCUGAAAAAGAAAAGCUUCCAUGGGUACAUUUUUAGGGCACUUAGUACCUGGUUUGGCACUCACUCUCCUCGGGCUAUGGCACACCAUCAACACCAUCAGAGCCUACUUUCUCAAAGGCCCUUCUAAUUUCACAGUGAGGUUUUGGUACCCAUUUGAUGGCCCCUUUUCCAAACUCAAACACUUGGAGCUCAUUUUCAUCUUAUCUUUCUCAGUUUUUGCAAUUUUUAUGCAAGUUUUAGACUACCCCUUCUUUCGUUUCGCUUUCAGGCUUGACAACUUUGAGCAUGCAACCAUGUUCCUGCACCUUGUUAUUUUUGCAGGUUUUACUCUUUCUGCGGACUUUACUCAUUCAACUGAGAUCCUCUCUGGGGUUGUUGGAAUCCUUGCUGCCUCUGUAUUUGGUCAAGAGCUUUUUCUACUUCAUUUCCACUCGGCUGAUCAUGUUGGACUGGAAGGCCACUAUCAUUGGCUAUUGCAGCUCAUAGUGUUGGUUUCUUUCAUCGCAGCUCUGGCAGUGACUUGUUUACCGACCAAUUUUCCCGCUGCUCUUGUACUUUCGAUUGCAGUUGUAUUACAAGGCUGCUGGUUUAUGAUUAUGGGGUUUAUGCUAUGGACUCCUCAAUUUAUCCCAAAAGGUUGCGCUAUGGUUUUGGCUGAAGCUGGCAGUAAGGACAUGGUUGGAGCGGUCACAUGUGAGUCUAAUGAGGCUGAUUUGAGAGCUAAAGCACUGGCUAAUUUGCAAUUCAGUUGGAUACUUUCUGGAAUUUUGGUAUUCACAGGAUGUAUGUGCUUGAAAUUAGCCGGAAAAUGCACCCCAAGGUUGCAGUCAACUGAAUAUGAGCAACUUCACAGUAGAGUUGCGGAUCUCCCUAUAGCCACUAAUGUCUUCAAGCAAGCUCACCCAUAAGAAUUCUAAUAUGCUAAACCUGGCAAAGCAUUUCCUUCCCAGGGCACAAAGAGCACCUAAAACCCGCUAUGCACCAAUAAAAGUAUUGUAAAUUAAGAGUAAAUUAAACUUUAGCCACUUCUGCUAUCGGGUAGAGCUCAGUUUGCCAAACGUGUUUCUUCAAGUGACUGUUUGCCCACUGAGGUUCAUUCUAUCUCCGUCCAUUACACUUGGUCAUAAAAUAUUUGAUGCAAUCAAGUGUCCAACAUCCAGUUCCCGAAGGAGGAGAGUAUAAAGUGUGUGCGUCUGAAAAGAAGACGCGGCUCUUCCCCUCCAACUUUAACUCGUACCUCGCUCAUAGAAUAAAAGAGACCUCAGACAGACAACUUGUAAUGCUAUAAACCACAAGUUGGCAAAUUGAACUUGUCUGAUAUCCACAGGUGGACAAAGUAUAGUUUUUGCUUUUAAAGUUUGCAAAUUUCCAAGGAUUACAAGUGCCCCAUGAAUAAGUCUACCGGCAGAAGGAAGUGUAUCAGGAUGAUGGCGAUAUUGUAAUGUGUGAAGUUACUUAUUAUGAAGUGGUUUUGUGCAAAAAUUUAAAUGGUAAAACUUCUUUUACAA